AUGGCGCCCCCACGUGCACCACCACCACCACCACCUCUGACCAUCAACCCCCCGCUCCUCAACUCCGCCAACCCCUGGGCGACCACCCUCUCGCACCUCCUCACCCUCUACGCCAGCCCCUACACCGGCGCCGUCACCACCCGCACCAGCCUCCUCGACGGCUACCCCCACGACGACGCCAUCAACCAAUACACCUUCUUCUCGCCCACGACCCAAACCCCCAGCACCUCUACCACCGACCCCUCCGCAACCAGCGCCAGCGCCAGCGCCAGCCUCAACACCCUCGGCUACAGCCCCCUCCCGCUUCGCACCUACCUCUCCUUCAUCACCACCAUCUCCGCCGCCGCCACCGCGUCAGCUCCCGCCGAAAACGAAAACGGACUCGGCGGAUCAGGCGGCCUCCGCCGCGACAAACCCAUCAUCGUCUCCGUCACCGGCUCGCCCGCCGACGUCGCGCGCUGCUACGACCUCAUCCGCCGCUGCGCCGCCACGGUCUGCAUGCCGCUCGCCAUGGAGGUCAACCUGUCGUGUCCGAACAUCGACGGCGGCAAGCCCGUGCCGGCCGCGUACGACCGCGCGGCGGUGGUGGCGUACCUGGUCGCGCUGAGGGGGGCGGUGGCUGAGGGUGUGGACGCGGACGGGGACGCGGGGGACGGCGAAUCAGUCGAGGGGGAUGGGGAGAAGAAGAAGGCGGUGGUGGUCCCGAUCGGUCUCAAAACACCCCCCUUCACGCACGCAGGCAUGUUCGCUGACUUCGUCGCGGCGCUGACCGACGUCCUCCCCACGCCCAUCUCGUUCGUGACGGCCGUCAACACGCUCGCGCCAUCGCUCGUCCUCGUGCCGUCCAACCCCAACCCCAACCCCGACGCUCCCGACGCCAACACCACCACCACACCGUCGUCGUCGCUGCUCCGCCCCGCCCUCGGCAGCGCCACCGGCCUCGGCACGGGCGGCAUGGCGGGCGCGCCGCUGCACCCGCUCGCGCUGGGCAACGUCUUGGGGCUGACGCGGGCGCUGGGCGCGGCCGAGGCGCUGCGCGGCCGCGUCAUGGUCGUCGGGGUCGGGGGCGUCGAGGACGCGGAGGGGUGGAGGCGGAUGAGGGGGGUGGGGGCGGGGGCGGUGGGCGUGGGGACCGCGUUGGGGAGGUUGGGGGUGGGGGUUUUCGAGAGGAUUUGGAGGGGCGUGGAGGGCCGGGCAACGGCGGGGGCGAGGCUUUGA